AUGCCUGGGUUCAGGGAUAACCUCAUUUGUCAUACCAGUCUUAAAUAAUCUUAUACACUCCACAAACUGAGACGGGGGAAUAAAUAUCGAUAGAGUUAUAAUAAUUUUAGGCGAGGAUACGGGUAGAGGUUUAACCAGUGUUGUGUACAUUGUGCGAAUUGUCCUGCUUGGCUUCCCGUAGAAGGGUAGUGGUAUCCUAGCAACCCAAAUACAGACGUUAAGACCGUGCGGUAGUGGUGGGUUUAAAGGAACAAGUAAUAGUAUCUUGGUUAUUUUUACGACAUUUUUUAAUUAAUAACUGUUAACUUUACCAGCUUCAUAUACUUUAUUAACUUUAUCGCGAGGCUACAGAUGCUUGUGUAGCUAGCGUGAGGGAAAAAAUGGACCAAAACAAAUAUCCUCGCAUUUAUGUGGAGAGAACUCUGGCCAUCAUUAAACCGGAUGCCAUUCACAAAAGCGAGGAGAUCGAAGACAUUAUCCUCAAAUCGGGAUUCAUUGUUUUGCAGAAGCGGAAGCUGCAGCUAAGUCCAGAGCUAUGCAGCGACUUCUACGCAGACCAGUAUGGAAAGUUCUUCUUUCCCAGCUUGACUGCCUUCAUGAGCUCUGGACCCAUCAUUGCCCUGACUCUGGCCCGCAGCAACGCCAUUGCCCACUGGAAGUCCAUCAUAGGGCCUGUCAACAGUGCCAAGGCUAAAGAAACCCAUCCAGAAUGCCUUAGGGCAAAAUAUGGCUCCUCAGACCUGAAAAAUGCACUACAUGGCAGCGAGUCAUUUCAUGCAGCUGAGAGGGAGAUCAAAUUCAUGUUCCCAAACUCUGUAAUUGAGCCCUUUCCCUCAAGAGAAGCGACCGAAGAAUACCUGAGCAGGUAUGUAAACCCAACUCUGCUACGUGGACUCACUGAACUCUGCAAGCACAAGCCACACAACCCCUGCGUUUGGCUCGCAGACUGGCUGAUGAAUAACAGUCCAAACAAGCCUCAAAUAUGUGAUGGGGUCAUUGUGGAAGAAGCAGAGUGAUAACAGGGAAAAAAGGGAACAAUACAUAUUAUCAGACAAUGUAUUUUUUUUAUUUUUGGAAUUCAGCACUAUGAUAAAAAUAAAAUAUACUUUCAGCACCA